AUGGCACCACCACCCCUCCCUCCUGCGAAUCCCGAAGAGCACCAGUUCUGGACGGACCCUAUUAUAUGCGAAGAGACUCGAGCUAGACUAGAAUACUUUCGAAGUUUGGGAUGGUUCCCCCCCCAAAACUACAAGCCUAAGACACUUGAAGGGAUCGCCAUUGUUGAGCGGUAUUGGCGAAAAUAUUGCAUCCGGUCAAAAGAGGAAUAUAUCAACUAUCUGCUCUUAGAGGACAAAGCGAUCUAUAUGAACUUCUUUGACUGGAUGUACAAGACUUCCCGUAAGAAGCUGCUCCAAUCGUACGAUGAAUAUUGGCGUCGCCACCUUUGCCAGUACUUCAGCUUGUUUGCACGGCGUCGUAUGAAUGGCGACGUCCAUGAUCAGAUGCGACGAUUUCUCGAUAAAGAGUUCCCCGCUGAACGCAAGAUCUCUAGACGCAUGAAGAAAAAAAAACACACUUGA